UCGGAACAGCUCAUCACUAACGCCAGAGCAGCGAAGCCCACCAAGCGAGGCUUCCCGACAGGCCGAUGCACCCCUGGCGGUGAUGAUGCGAAGUGCAAGCUGACCGUGGCGAUGUUUCGAAUUUUAGAAUCGCAAGCGCCGGCCAAGCAAACGGCCACGGACACGAUCAAUGUUCUCAGCGGCCGACUGCAGAGUGCGACGCUGCUCGAAGACCGACGGGCGGCGAUACAGGGGCUGCGGAGUUUUGCGAAGAUCUAUCCGGCGUCUGUGGCCUCGGGGGCUCUACGGGGACUGAUCAGCAGUCUGCAAAAUGACCGGGAGGAUGUGGAUACGAUCAAGGUGGUCUUGGAGACACUGUUGAUGCUGUUCUCGCCCGACGAAGCUAGCCCGGAGGCGUCUGAUGAGAUAGCUCUUUGGCUCGCAGAUGAAUUUACUCAACGGCAAGACAAUAUCACCGCUCUCCUUGAUCUUAUUGAAACCCGAGAUUUUUAUUCCCGGCUAUAUUCGCUGCAAUUGAUCUCUCACACCUGCGCUGCCCGCCCUGAGAGGACCCAGGAAUGCAUCCUCACAGCGCCAUUGGGGAUCACCCGACUGGUGAGUGUGUUGAGUGAUUCCCGUGAACCGAUUCGCAAUGAGGCUCUCCUCCUUCUCAUCGCUUUAACGCCCACCUCCGAAGAGCUUCAAAAACUCGUCGCUUUCGAAAAUGCUUUCGAUCUCAUAUUCUCGCUGAUUGAGGCAGAGGGCUCUCUGACGCAUGGAUCCGAUGCGGUUGUGGACUGUCUAACGUUGCUUGCAAAUCUACUGCGCCUCAAUAUCUCCAACCAGUCGUACUUUCGUGAAACAGGCGGUAUCAAGCGGCUGGCAAAACUCCUGGCUGAUAGCAAUCAAGAAGAAGAAACGGACCAGCCUCCUCCGUCAUGGAUGCUGGCGCACCGAGAUAAGAAUAUUUGGGGCUUGUUAGCCAUUGUUCAGCUCUUUCUCGUCAGGGGUGGCCUCAGUACCCCAAUCAACCAAACGGCAUUCUGGCAGAGCGGCGUUCUGAAGCAAGCCUUGCGGACGGCAUUCAGCCAGAGAUUCACUGUCAACGUCAUAUCUAAAGCCUUGGAAACAUGCGCAGAUCUUAUUCGGGGGAACUCGCCUCUCCAGGAGAAAUUUGGCGAUAUUGAGGUCUUCUGGGGGUCGGAUCAUCACGAACAUGCGGUGAACGGCGAUGCCAAGGUGCAUGGGGCCCAGCGAAUCAACGUCAUCGAGGCGCUACUCAAAUUGACCUUGGAGUCUGCUCCGAUACAGUUGUUGGAUGCUCGUCUUUCAGCGUGCGAGUGCAUGAAAGCUUUCUUCGCUAACCACCCAGGAAUCAGAGAGCACGUCCUACGCCGGGCUAUCAGCGGGCAUCUCAGCGGUGAAGAUCAGAUUCCCAAUAUCUUAUCCGUACUGCUGGUGUCGCCAGACUCGCGGGGAAAUGCAGAUCCAUAUCAGACUUGGCUGGCCGCUGUGUUGAUGUUCCAUUUGGUUUUCGAAGACCCUGCUGCAAAGUCUAUUGCUAUGCAAGUCACUGAAGGAGACGCAGAGAGUGGGGAGGAGGUCGUCACUUGUGUCCAGACGAUCGUUGGAAACUUAAUCACAGGCAUGCAGCGAGGUGAUGAUGAGAGGAUUUUGAUCGGCUACUUGAUGCUACUGUGCGGUUGGGUAUUCGAGGACCCAGACGUGGUAAAUGAUCUUCUUGGAGAAGGCAGCAGCAUCCAAAGUUUGCUUCAAGAAGUCAAACAUCGCAGUGCAUCCAAAGUUCUUAUGUCGGGUCUAUCUACCCUCCUACUGGGGAUAAUCUAUGAAUUCUCGACAAAAGACUCUCCCAUCCCCCGUGGCACUUUGCAUAAAUUGUUGAUGGAGCAACUGGGAAGAGAUAUGUUCAUUGAUAAGAUCACAAAGCUCCGGGAGUCACCGUUAGUGCGAGAUUUCGAGGUCACCCCCCAGACCACAGCUGCGCAAGUUGAUGGAGGGCUUCCGGAAAUAUUCUUUGACAAGACUUUUAUCGACUUCCUCAAGGACAACUUCGGUCGUCUCACUCGCGCGAUUGAUCGAGAACCAGACCUGGAAAUUUCAGUCAUCACCAACGGCGUUGAAAAGGGCGUAUCACGAGAGCUAGUUGAUGCUCUCCGUGGAGAAAUCGAGGAGAAAAACCAGCUGGUGCACCGCUUAGAAUCCGAUUUUCUCCACCUAAAACGCCAGUUCGACCAAGAGCAGGUUGAGCAUAAGAAGACGAAAGAUACCAGCGCUAUGGAACUUUCUAAGAUUCAGCAAACUAGCCAGGGACUUCAAAGAAACCACCAGCUGGAGUUUUCAAAGCUGGAGGAGCAGCACAAGACAGUUAAGAAUGAAUUGUUGAAACAGCAUGGCGAGCAGCUCCGAGCCAUCGAUAAGCAACUCAAACAAGCAUCUGCCGACUAUGAAAGAAAGACUUCGCGGGCAGCAAAGACACAUGAACAGCACGCGUCCGAAGUUGCUACGCUCAAGGGAGCCGUCUACGAAUUAGAAACCCAGCUUCGCAGCGCACAGGAGAAACACGAGGAACAGGUCACUCGCCAAGAACUUGAAGCAGCGCGCGAAGGCUUCCUUGCGGAGAAAACUGCUCUUGAGAAGCGAGCCGAUCAGGCGGACGCCCAAGCAAAGUCGGCGACACAAGAGAAAGAGUUGCAAGUCCACGAAGCACGCUCAGAACUAGAGAAGACAAAGUCAGCGACAAGUGAGAAAGACGAGGCACUCAAGGCCUUGCAAGACGAAGUAGAGAAGCUCAAACUCGAAGCCAAGAAGAACGACGAAGCUACGAGGUCCGCCCUCGCUGAUCUCGAAAAGGCCAAGGCGGAGGCUGCCGAGAAGGAAGAAGCUCGAAAGGCCGCCCAAUCGGAGCUGGAGGAUCUACUGAUUGUCUUCGGUGAUCUUGAGGCGAAGAGAAACCAAGACAAGGAACGACUCAAGGAGCUUGGAGAAGAGGUCUCGGAAGCUGAAGACGAGGACGAUGAUGACGAGGAAGAAGAAGAAGAAGAUGAUGAUGAUGAUGAAGAAUGAAGGAUACCACGGAGGUCGCUGUCUCUAUCAGGCCGAUAAUGUGCUCAUGACGGGCCUGUUGGUUGUGUAGCGCCUUGUGUGCUUCUGGUCUGCUCUUCGCUCCCACACUGCUACAGCCACUAUUCAUGUACAUUCUAUAUAAAUGGCUAGAUGAGUUAGUUCAUGAAUCAUCGAAUUUU